UGAGGAGCGUCUGAGGGUGGCGUGUGCCGUUGCCAGGAACGGGAGCUCGGCUCUUCCAGAGGACCGCGUCUCGUUUCUCACGCGGUGGGCCUGCGAAGAGAUAUGCCGGACCUACAACAAGAAGAACAGGAGCCCUCCCGCGGCGGAUGUGUGCUCCCAGCUGUGGUUGUUCCUGGCUACCAUGAUGGACAGUAGACAGCUCUCGAGCCAGAGGCAAGAGAAAGAGGAGGGCUCAGCAAUGGUGCCACUGGGGUCACUUGUGUCUUUUCACCUACUUCAGGCAAUGGGUGAAGUCCUGGGGUGUCAUGGAGCCAAAGAAAAGUGUGUGCAGUCAGGCUACUCACCUGCCUACUGUGCAUCCUCAAUAACCGACUCACCCUCCCACCCAUACUCUACAAAUUUGAAGUGGUGGUAUCCCUACUUUUGGCGUUACUGGUUUCAGCCUCCAGUGUCUCUUGUAUUCAAGGCCAUCUGUGUCCAGCUACUACCUUCAGUGAUCGGACUAAGGCAGUCUACAUUGGUUAGCUCAGGACCUCUACUCCUGAAACUUGAUACUCUUCUCUGCUCGCUCUUUGGGAGGGACCAUCUGUUGGAGUUCUCCUCAGCCUUGUCCAGUGCAGUGGUAUCUACCCCUGGCACUGGUAGAGGCCAGAGCACUGAGAUGAGCUACACCAAACUCCUCUUUUCAACUAUCCGGGACCUACUUUACAGCAAUGUCACUAGUGACCGUGACAGAGAUGCUGUUCUUAAUGCAGUUCCAACACUUUUCCAGGGCUUCCUACGUCAGAACAGAAUCCAUGGUAACAGUAAGAGAACGAGAGAAUCUCAGAGGAAGAGGGUAAAGAUUGAUUCGACCAAGAGGGAAGAAGAGGAGAGUGGUGAGGGUUGUGAGGAUGGUGAGACGUGGGAAGGUGAAGAGGGGGUGGAGGGGGAGGAUAAGGAUGUUGAGGAAGAGGAGGAAGAGAAGAACGAUGAAGAAAUUGAUUGGGAACAGCUGCUUGAUAGAAUUCAAACUGAGACAUGCGAACCAGAAGAUGCAGCAAUCACAGAGCCAGUGUUGAAAGUUCUGAAGUCCUGUCUUCAUUUGCUGCGUGUCCAUGGUGUUUAUCAGGUAAUGGAAGAUCAGUCUCAGGGAAGCAGACAAUUCAAGUACCUCAGUUUUCUCUGCACUGAGGUGGUGAAGAACAUCAACCUCGGCAAUAUGGGAGUGUCUGCCGAGUGCCUUUGUGAAGCUCUGCAAGUCAACCAUAAGUUGGUGGAGCCUCUGCUGACCGGCCUGCUGCUCCUGACCACCUCCACCGGCAACUCUAGGAUGAGCUUGGACCCAUUUGUUAAACAGUGUAUCAGUAUCUAUUCGAAGCUUCAUCAGUUGGGUGUGCUGAUUGGUUGUCUGUUUUCAGCACUCGAGAAACUAGCGUCGUCUCCUUGUCUUCCCACGUCCAUCUCUCCGGCUUUUUCCAAACCUGCUGAAGACUGGUUUUGCAGGCAGGUGCAGGAAACGCCCGCUGGACAGUGUGUGGCUCUCCUCGAGCAAGUUACAAACUCCGUCAAGUCAGUAUUCCUGGCUAAACUCGGGCCUCGAGCCAACGACAGAAGUGAGGUGGUACGGGAGGCAAGACCGAGGAAUAGACGAAAGAGACGAAGCCACGAGAAUGGGACAGUUGUAGCAACGAGCGGGGAAGAAUUUGUCUCGAGUUCUUUGGCCUCAGCUCUACUGCGCGGGGUUGACGUACUCUCUCUCGUUUUGAUCAACUCGCCGCUGUCGGUGUGGACAGGUGGAGGUCUCCACAGGGAGAAGGCAAGGGAGGCUCUACUGGCAGUCCAGAGAGAUGUGCAGCUGCCUCUCGUGGUGGCUGCAAAGGAGAUGCCGGACCUGGUGACAGCCACCCUCCAUCUUGACCACGGUCUCCACACCUUUCUCUUUUGUCUCAGAGAAAUCUUCUCCACAGAGCCACCUCUAACCCGAUCGUCCCCAGUAGAUACUGCAGGCUCCAGCCACCAGGCGACUGGUCGCACAUCUCUUUGGAGUGGCGACGAAAUAAGGAGGUUCGUGUGGAAUCACGGAGAGGGCUCUGAACGGGUUCCUGAGCCGAGGAUGACUGGGAACGGGACAGAGAAUGGAGGAUUUGCUGCAAGAUACAUUCUGAGAGCACUGUCAGUACAGCGGUUGAGGUUUGUAAAAGACAGCCUUUCUCCUGAGGUCUCAGCACUGCAUACGAACGAGAUAUUUGGGUCAGUGGAGUGUACGUUGGAUCCCACGUCGUCUUGGAGUGGGCAGCAAUUGGAUGUCGACGAGAGGAAUUUCCCCAUUGCCGUGUGGGAUUUGGCUCUUUCAAACCUAUCUCAGCUCCACGGCAGUCUUCUCCUUCCAACACACCUCAGUAACAUAGCCUCGUUUCUCCAUUCUGCCCUUGGUUCAGCUGAAAGAAACAGGGAGGGGGCGGGGCUAACGGCAAGGAAGGUUGCCCGCCAGUUCUUGCGUUCGGAGAGUUUUCAGGAGAUGAGGGAACUGCAGGAGGCAGUUUUGGGGGUGUGCUUCAAACAGACUGCCGCCUGUCUACCCAAGAGUCUGAAGGAUUUGAAGCCCUCUCUACUGAGCUGUGGUAGCCAGUUGUGGGAUAGCUCAGAGCACCUGGGCGAGGCCAUUGAACUGGGUCUCCAGAUCGUAGUGGGAGAAGACAAGCCGGCUGCAAAGAGGCGUAAAUCCGUCUCAAAAUCACCUCAAAACAUCUCCGUCUGUCUGGAGGUCAUGAGAGCUGUUCCGAUGGCUUAUUCACACCCAGAGCUCCUCCACAGAUGUGUUUUAGUUCUCACCAUACUGCACGUAUCACUGGUGGAAUCUCUGUGCUACAGAGAGGUCUUAUGUGAGUCGAUGGAGGAAAGAAGAGAGCAGCUGUGUGAGCUGGAGCUGGUGCUGGCCUGGGUGCUGCACUCCUUGGCCAACUGCGACAGAGUGGGGAAGAAGAGAACUCGACGACUCUCUCCUCUCCCGUUCUCUGGCUUGCUCUCCUGGUCCUACACUGCCAGAAAAUGCUGCCUGAAGCUCAUCGAAGUUGAAACAACAGAGUUUAAAAAGGCGUCCCUGCUACUAAUGGAAGCAGUGAUGGAGAAUGCGCUGAAGAGUGGUACCUAUCCAGAGAGCUUCGUUCACACGGUGGUGGAGGACCUGAUGGUAGCUCUGACUGGUAGCGGACACACAUACAAGGAAGAUGUCACUGCAUUAGUUGGGGUACUACCGGAAUCACUACCAGAAUCUGUGCUUCACCUGAUGGUUGCUAAACUGUGCAAGGUUUACGCCAGUAAGGACAGUUUCCUGCACCAGCCAGUGGAACAGUUGCUAAGAAAGACUAGAGAGUGUGUCUCCAAGCUUAAGAAGAAGAGUGCCUUAUUCCACCCACAGCUAGUGUCGGCCUUCUCCCUGCUCCUCAGGACCAGCCCUCCUUCUAUUGACUCCGAUCUUCUGUUCAAGUCUGUGACGACGGCUUCGUGGCUGUCGGAAAUGUUUUGCAGUGAGCAAUCACUACAAGGGGCAGUUACAGAUCUCUCUACGCUGUAUCCAGUGCUGGAUGUCCUGAGUAUCUCAACUGGAAUAACCGAGGAAGACGCAAAAACAGUGUGCCUUUCUCUGACUUCUUCCUGGUCAAAGUCACUCAAAGUACUGAAACUAUUCUUCGAGAGAGAACUUCGAAUUUCAAGUGGAAGUAGCGAUGAUUACCACUACCUCCUACAAGUGUUAGGUUGUGCAGCUAAGAGCAGCGAAAGUUCUAAUAGUGGCAGUAAACUCCAGCUUGCUCUGCCUCAGCUCAGUGAGCUGAUGAAUAGGCUCUUGUCAGCGGCAAACCGGGACCAGGCAAAGUCAUGGUUCGAGUUACUACACAAAGAGUCGUGUGAGGACGUAGGGGCUGCCGUGGCUGUCUGCCACUGUUGGAGUUUGGUCCUCGGUGCUAGACUGGAGACUGAGAGCCAGAGAGAGCUCAGAAAAUGGCACACAAAGGUAUGUGUCUCUUCUCCCACCAUCUAUAUUGUUACAGUGCGGGUCACUGGCUGUUCAACACAGAGGGGUGGCCCUUAUCACUAUCCUGUCAUUGAGCUUAACAAUUCGUCUGGUUUCCCUGCCAGCGAAGGUGCAUGUGCUAUGAAAGUGCUGCAGUCACUGAGUCAGCUACUGCUCAAGGUCCUCAAGCACCAUUCUUCUGUGGCUGCCUCGUGCCCUGGACUCAUCGUCACCACAACAAACACAAAACAAGAACUGGUGAAGACAGCUCUUGAACAGUGUGCAGUGAAAGGGGAAGAAGAAAGAGAGGAGAUGGUCGGUGCAGAUGUUGCAAAUUCAUUGUCAAGAGUGUUGGAUCACUUGGCUAGUCAUCAAGAAUUCAACAAAUACAUUCCUGUUGUCCUCGGUUGCUGUAUAUCGGCAAUGGCCCGUAAUCUCCCGACUAAACCAGUCAAGACCUCUCUGUUACCUGGAGUGUAUGCCCUGAUGAGACGCUGCUCAGACGAAGGAACUGCCUCCGUGCAGGCAUCUCUUGAUGCCAACACAAGAACUCAUUUUCAGUCGCUAGUCGAAGACUUCAAGAAACAGAAACGCUUUCUAUAGACUGCGACAAGAUUUGGCAACUCCAAGUGGCAUUUCUCGUAAUAUUAUUGUACUUAGCAUUCUCAUUUUAUGACCCCAUUGUAGGGCUAUGACAACCUCUGCUACAGUUAGGGGUGCAAGUUUCCACCAGCAUAAACAUCUUCAAUCUUCUUAUAAUUAUUAUCACUUGCUUGCAGCUACCAAUCUACA